CACUUUAUUAAAAUUUAAACUUUUUAUUUUAGCUUUAAACUCUAAAAUAGUUUUAAAAUGCACCACUGCCAAAGACUGUUCAUUCCUAUUUAUUGCAUACGACAGUUUAGUGGAACAUUGCGAUUAUCAAAUGAGUUUAAUUAUGGAGUUAGAUUUUAUUCAAAAGAAGUUAGGAAAACUUCCUUCCUAUCCCGGCUUUAUGACAAUUUCAGAGAAGAAAUGGCUAAGAAUAAGGAAUUGAAAGAAUCUUUAAAAAAAUUUAGAGAUGAAGCAGAAAAAUUGGAACAAAGUGAUGCUCUUAAAGCAGCCCGUCAAAAAUUUGAAACUGUUGAAAAAGAAGCUUCCAAAAGCAGUGAAGUUUUAAAAGAAAGACUAGGCUCUAUAAGAGGCAAAGUGAAAGAUGUAAUUAAAGAAGCUGGAGAAACAGAGUUUGUAAAAAAGGCUGGCAAACUUACUGAAGAUUUAUCUAAAAAUGUGUCAGGAAUAUCCGAAAAAGCUUCUGAAAUAGGAAAAAGUUCAGCCUUUAAGAGUAUAUCUCAAGCUACUGAAGCUGUUAGAAAAGAAAUAGAUACCAGCAGUAUGCAUGGAAGAGUGUAUCAAAGUCCUGAUAAAUUAAGAAAAAGAAAAGAAACUGUAGGUGUUCAAGCUGCAAAAUUUUAUGAACCUGAUACAAAAACAACAGGAAUGGAACUACAUAAGGAUUCAAGGUUUUACCAGUCUUGGCAAAACUUCAAGGAAAACAACCCUUAUGUACACAAAGUAAUGGAUUGGAAAUUGAGAUAUGAUGAAAGCAACAAUCCUGUCAUUCGUGCUUCAAGGGCAUUAACUGACAAAAUAACUGAUAUUGUAGGAGGUUUGUUUCAAAAGACCGAGUUAUCUGAAACUUUAACUGAGAUCUGCAAAAUUGAUAACAGUUUUGAACAAAAGAAGUUUCUCAAACAAUGUGAGACUGAUAUAAUCCCUAACAUACUGGAAGCAAUGACACAUGGAGAUUUGGAAAUCUUAAAAGAUUGGUGUCAUGAAGGUCCAUAUAAUAUUUUCGCAAUUCCCAUACAGGAGGCAAAACAAAGAGGCUACAAAAUUGAUUCAAAAAUAUUAGACAUAGAUAACGUCGAUUUGGUUAUGGGAAAAGUGAUGGAACAAGGGCCAGUAUUAGUGAUCACUUUUAUAGCUCAGCAGAUCAUGUGUGUGAGGGAUAAAGACAACAAUAUAGUGGAAGGUGAUCCAAAUAAAAUAAUGCGGGUAAAUUAUGUUUGGGUUCUUUGUAGGGAUUCUUCUGAACCUGACUCUAGAGCUGCUUGGCGGCUAUUAGAUAUAUCAGCCAGCAGUAAUGAGCAAUUAGUGUAAUUUUAAGUGUUCCUUGUAUUUCAUGCAGUUGUUAUAUUAACUCUGUUUAAUUUGACUGAUUAUUAUCUAAAUUGUAAUUUGUUUUAGUCAGUAUCCUCAUAGGAUUUCCAAUACUAAAAACAUCUAACAUUACUCAUAUUUAUUUACAAAUCUGCAUUACCUUUCUCGAAUGAAGGACAUUUAAAAUUACAUUAAUUUUAUUAGAAUCUUGCCUCAGUACAAUUCUUAUUGUUACUUAUUUUGAGUGGUACUUGGGCAAUUUUAGAGUGUCCCUUUAAUAAAUUGGAUGACUGCAUGGAAAUUAGAAAAAUUGAUGUGAUCUUCAGGAUAGAAAUAAGAUUCUUUUACAUUAUUUCUGUCAUUGUAAAUUAUUGUAUACGUUUUGUAUGUAAAUUAAUUUUGUACAAAAUUUAAAUGAUUAAAAAUCGUUGACACCAUUUAAGUGAAACUACAUUAUUAAUUUUACGUAGGGUGAAUCCAAAUAACUGCUCUAUAACUAACGUUAACGAGGUAUAAAUAAAAAAUUAAACUUAAAAGAAAACGUUUUAUCAAUAAAAUUAUUUAUCAUUUGCUGUAUUGGCAAAAUAUGCAUUACUACUAACGUAGAAGAGUAACUAAUAUUUAUGAUUACUAAAAAAAAAAUCUGUUGCUGUAAUUAAAA